AUGCACCCUAAUACAGACGAGCAAGAUGUGUCUAUCACAAGCGCUGAUGGCAACAAGACCACCAUAGAUGAGCCCAUCACCGAUCAAGGCACGUCUUCUAGUAAAAAAAUUUUCUCCGUUCCUUUUGUUUAUUUGGAUCGCAAUCUUGCCACAGGGACUCCCGGCGAGGCGCACGGGUUUACUCACGAACAUGGCAACCAGUCCACCAACCAUAAUGAGCAAGUUGCGUCAGCUGGAGGAACCGCGGUCGAGGCGGAUGAGCUCUUUACCGAUGAAGAGCUUGCAGAUGUCUUCAGAGUGUUGUUCCACCCGGGCGGCAGCGCAGGUAUCUUUCGAUGUUCAUUAACGCCCGGCAAGAUCGACCAAGUGAUUCAAGAAUUGGUUGCGACCUACGACUUUACUUCCCCUUUCAACAUGCACUACAUCGAUACUCCCGAGGGCAAGAUGCCGGCCGACUACAUCCUUGAAAUGAUGCUCAAACAAUGGCAGGCCACCGGAUAUUUUAGUCGAUGGAAAUAUUAUUAUCCCGAUUACCUCGCUUUUUCAAGCAUGGAAUAUGACAAUGACAACUUUAAAGCACUUGUUGGCUUCAUCGCAGGCACAGAGUCUGACAAUUGGACCUGGACCAUCAUCCACCAGGCUUAUUAG